GGCCUGCCAGUCCAGGACUCUUACUACAACCACUGCUCCGACUGACUCCCGAACGACCGAACUCGAGUCGACUACUGACUUACUGUGAACCUACCUGGUUGAAUCUUGCCCUACCAAUCGAUCCGAUCUACUUCCCACUUACUGACUACUGCUGCUACUACUACUGCUGCUACUACUCACUACCUACUACUCUUACUACUGCUGCUACUACUGCUACUACUACUUACUACAAUACCAUCUCCCCCCCUGCCUAUCAGAAAAAACCCGAGACUCAUCGAAUUUCGAACCAUGAACUUUGACCAGUCCCCUCCAACAUCUAAGCGAAUCAAGACCUCCAUCUCUACCAACGCACCAUCACACCUGCUAGCCCAGCAGCAAGUGAAUCCCUUUUCUAGAGUGCCUUCUUUCGAGGGCAUUCCUAUGCCCCAACCCCAGAUUCCUCCCCAGAAUCCGCGCAAACGCCGUGCUUCUCCCUCGGUAAGCUCGACGCCGACCAUGGCGGCGCCAGGCGCGACCACCGCCACCGGAGACACCGCGCACGAGCAAGCGUCUGGAGUAUCGGAGCCUGUACCUAAGAAGAAGGGAAGGACCAAUACUCCCUGGACUGCCGAGGAAGAGCAGAGGCUGAAGACGAUGCGCGAUGCGGGUCGCAGCUGGAGCGAGAUUGCCAAGACAUUUCCUACCCGGACCGAGGGCAGCGUCAAAAAGCAUUGGUACAAGGACAUGCACUAUGCUGAAUUUGCGGAAGAUGAGUCUAUAGCGCUUCGGGAAGCGAUCAAGGAAUAUGAGGCAAGUAAAUGGAAGGUAAUUGGGCAGAAAGUCGGGAAGCCAGCCAAGGCGUGCGAACAGUAUGCGAAAGAACAUUUCAAGGAUCUCUAGAUUUCCCACGAAGUAUUGACGACGUGAUGACCAAUGCAUCGUCUUCCACACAUUCACGAAUCGACGACGGGCACGAGUUAUGGGUUUACAUUGCUUUGGGCUUCGGUUUUCACG